UAUCCACUUCUCUUUAAUAAAAUUGAAAAGCUUGAAGCCCUAGUAAAAGAAAUAUUGGCUUUGCUUCUUCACUUGAGAAAUAGUAGAAGGGUCAUUUUGCUGUCUAGAUUCUAUAUGUAUUGCCAAUGAACAUUGAAUUUUACCUGCAAAGCUGAGGAUUGCGGCAGGUUUUAGAGUUCAUAGGGUUCAUCAAAAUUGUUAGGUUUUUUCUUGUCUCGAUAGGAUAGGGUAUAAAAAGUUGAGUUCAGCUUUUGAACUGGUGCAACUGCAACUACACUGAUCUAUUAGAUUUAGAGCUUCUUUAAUCUUGGUGGAAGAUUCCCAUUUCCGAGAUUCUUAAGGUUACUCAAACAAAAAGAUCGAGAGCAGAGAAUGAAGAAAAGUGGCAUUAUCUCAAUUGCUGGUGUUAUUUUUCACUACUAUUGGAAGCAUUUUGGUGUGCUAGCAGUUACACAUGCAAUUUCUCAAAACGAAGAUACAACUUUAUCUCUUUCUUGUUAGAGGCCGCAUGUAAAUGCUGGUGCAUCAAUCUUUUGGGCUUCCUUAUUACAAGGCCGUACUCUUGAAGUAAAGCUUAGAGGCAGGUAUGCGAUGAACCCAGAGUUCUUCAUUUCGAAAAAUUUUCAUCUCGAUUCCAAAGGGAAAGCACUGUUUUUCAGUUCCAUAGCUAAGACUAAGCCGAAGAGAAUAGUUAAAGUAGCUUCCCCAGUGCUGCGACCUUCUCCUACUGCUACUUCCCCUCCAUCCUCAGCCUUGACAGUCAAGAACCAAAUUAAACUGAUCUGCUACAAGAUGUGCAACAUUUUCUCUUAAUUUAUUUUGAUACCUUUUGAAUGAUGAGAGGAGUAAGAUGAUCUCAAGUCCAAGGGAAAAAGAUUGUCAACCAAAGCAAGAGGGAGAAACCAAUGACGGCAAGUUCUCCAAGGGGUCAUCAAGUUCAAGGCAGUGGUCAGGAUUUAGAAAUCCAAGGAUUGUCAGAGUUUCGCGUUCUUUUGGAGGAAAAGAUAGGCAUAGCAAAGUUUGCACUAUAAGGGGAUUAAGGGACCGGCGGAUUAGGCUUUCUGUACCUACUGCAAUUCAGUUAUAUGAUUUGCAAGAUAGGCUUGGGCUUAGUAGCCUAGCAAGGUAUAUUGAUUGGUUUGAUGCUACUAAAACUGAUAUUGAUAAGCUUCCACCACUUCAGAUGCCACCAGUUGGUCAGUUCCAUCAGCAAAUGCUACCCCAUGAAUCAAAUUCCUCUCAAUCCUCUCUUGCUCCUUUCUUUGAGGCAAAUGCUAUGUUCAUGAAGGACGGGGAAGACCCAAGCAUAGCAGCAAAAAGAUACUGGGAUAUGGAUGCCGCAUUGAGAGCAAAAAGCAAGGAAGCUGAAAGAGAAAGUACGACUGCUGCGGAGAAGGGAAAGUGGAUCAAAGUAACUGAACAACAUGAAAAUCAAGAUGGAAUUGGUGAUUAUAAUGGACAGGCUUCAUCACAAAAGCAUUUUCCCGUAGCCAAUCAUUCCUCAUUACCUGGCUUGUCAAACAAUGCCACGCCCUUCAAUCCCUACUACCAUUGGGAGCCUUCAAGCCUAUCGUUAUCCCAAUUUGGAAAUCAUGGAUUUCUGUCCCAAACUGAAAAUUUCCUCCAUGGUAACACUACUGUGCCAUUGCCAUCUUCACUGGCUCUUCCAUCUGCGCAUGCACCCCAGCUAUUUUUCUGUCCACCAUCAACAAUGCCUUCACUUUUUCCCACAUAUCCUCCAUAUGUUACUACUACUCCAGGGGAUAGUAGUGAUUCCAGGCAAAUCAAUCAUUUCCAAUUACUGAGCUCAAAUUCCCAACAUAUUCUACCAAAUUCUGUCACAAUGAGUCCUUCCAUGAAGCCUUUCUCAUUGAACGUAAAUGCUGGCCUCAGUACCCAUACACAAAAUGAUGAUGAAAGUCAUGCAGAAGAGGAUAAUAUCGAUUCUUGAAAGAGAUCCUGGUGGCUCGUUCAAAACUUCAAAUUGAUGUAAUUUGAUUUCUUGGACUAUAUUCGUGGAUCGGCAUGAAUUUGGCAGAAUUAUUAGAGGAAUUUCAUUUGUUUUGCUUAGACAGAAAGUUUCAGAUCAUGAAAUUAAGGAAGAAUUACAAAUAAGGGUCAUUACAUUUGUUUCAAUACAUCAGAUGGAUAUGUUGAAUGUAUCAACCAGAAGAAAGAAGAAGAAAGAUUGCCUUGACAGUUGACAGUUAUUUCAACUUCUUCAGGUGGGCGUAAUUAAUUCUACAAUACAGGUAAGAUGCUAUAAUACUUUCUGGCUAUUCUAAAUGCAUAUUCUUAUUAUUAUUAUUAUUUAUAGACAGGUUUUUAGUAGGUAGGUGAAGAAAGUUAUUUUGUACUUUAAUUUCUACAGAUGGCAAUAUUGAUUCUUGUGUGUUAACUUUCUGUAUUCGUUAUAUAUA